AUGGCCGAAACUGAAAUGGCGGAUGUCGUCGAUGAAGCAGAAGACGUUUAUGCUUCAAGAACAGUUAUACCGCUCCCUGUGAGAGAUCACUGGCCACUAAGUGUACCGCUCCCUGUGAGAGAUCACUGGCCCCUAGUUAUACCGCUCCCUGUGAGAGAUCACUGGCCCCUAAGUAUACCGCUCCCUGUGAGAGAUCACUGGCCCCUAGGUAUACCGUUCCCUGUGUGAGACCACUGGUCCCAAGUUAUACCGCUCCCUGUGAGAGAUCACUGGCCCCUAAGUGUACCGCUCCCUGUGAGAGAUCACUGGCCCCUAGGUAUACCGCUCCCUGUAAGAGAUCACUGGCCCUUAGGUAUACCGUUCCCUGUGUGA